CGUCGGUACAGUCGUAGUCGUCUCACAGGUCUCUCCAGGAAAUACAAAGUUUCACGCUGCAGCUUUGCAUUUCUCUUUAUAUCAAAAAGGCGUGAACGUCGGCAUACUUAACUCCAUGGCCAGUUUAACACACUUUGAGGAGCGUGUUUCUUUUGGCCACAUCAUCAGAGGUCCUGUGGAAGAUACAGAUCCUAGCAGUUUUUCCUCAGAAAUGUCGUUACAGUCAAAAUAUCCAGUUCAAGACACAGGCACACCAAAAGAUGCCUUGGAUGAAGUUACACUGCAAUUAGCUUCGGUUAACCUAAUAUCCCAGCCGGGCAGAAUAAGACAGCCUGAAGACAAUGAGAGCCAGUACAUUUACAGUGGACAUAUAUCAACAGACGACGGCCCGUGUGAGAAAUGCUGCUGCUCGUCUCUUCCCUCCACUCCGCCUCCUAUGAUCAGUGACUUAAUGAACGAUGAAGACUUGCUGUACAAGCUGCAGCUAAAGCUAGACACCCACCACCCCACCGUCAAAAACUGGAGGAACUUUGCCAGCAAGUGGGGCAUGAGCUACGACGAGCUGUGCUUCCUGGAGCACCGGCCACAGCAGAGCCCCACCCUGGAGUUCUUGUUGCGGAACAGCGAGAAGACAGUGGAGCAGCUGAUAGACCUCUGCAAGCUCUACAAGAGGAUUGACGUCCUUAAGGUGCUGCAGCUCUGGGUUGAAAAAGACUGGCCGAAGAGAUGGCACCAAACCUAUUAGCUAGCUAGUAGCUCACCCUUGUUUGUGAUCUAUAAACUUCAGGUCAAUUGUUGGCGUCUUGCUUGUUUUUUUGGUUCGUUUGUUUUUAGUCCCAAACUUUAAAAAUAGAAUUUCUACUUUUUUAUAUUAACCAGGAGGGGGGAUUCUGGACAGAUAUUUCCCAUCUGCACUUAUUAAAGUGUAUGAAACCAUGAAAAACAUCAGCUGACUAUGGUUUCCAUUGGUCUUGCUAUUCAAUGCCUAUACUAAAUUUUACAGUAUUUAAGUUUUAGUUUUUUUUUUUUUUUCAUGUUGAUUAAAACAGUAGUGUUACUGGGCUCAGCUUCCUAUUGGGGGUAAUAAAAACAAGCCAAGGAUGGUUGUUUCUAUGGUACAAAAUGUAGGCUGCUGUGCUACAGCAGUACUGUAGUAUUUUUCCACCAUUUGGUUAGUUCAGUGCUACCUUUUCUGAUUUGGGCCAAGCUGUAAGACACAGUCAGGGACUCUUAUCAGAAAGCAGUACCCGGGACAUGUAUUGAAUCGGCUUUCUACAUGUACCGUGUGGUAUGUAAUUUGAAACGUUUGUAAAGACAGGAAGGCAUUGAUGAGACUACACUGCAUCUUGUCUUUCUGUAGCGAUGUGGACGAAAAUGUGAGCUUUAAUGAAGGGGUGCACAGGAUCAGACGGUGACACAGAGUGACUGUGAAAGAACCAAUAGCUGCUCUUGUCCUUUCUCUGCCUGCAACUGUAAAUACCAGGCAUUAAAGUUUAAAGCGAACUACAGUAGGGUAAGUGGGGCAAAAAAUGUUUAUGAAAAUGAAUGUACAGUAAUGCAAAAAUAUAAAUAUAUUUUAAGUAGGGGAUUUUAGCAUUACUUUUGAUGAUUGUAAACUUUUCCUGUUUUUGCUAGCUUUGUGUCUAAUUUCUAUUGUCCGCAGUAACAUUUUGCAUUUACCACUUAAUGGUGCUUCCUUGAAAUGCACCCUUCUCCUCAUUCAGUGUAUGCAGGUUCACAACUCUACAGUUCUGAGUUCAAUUAAAUAUUCUCCAUGGCACCAUGGAUAUCAUACCUAUACGCAUAACUUAGUGUUUGUGUGUGAUUCUUACUCAUGCCUAAGCUGGUCUUAUUCCUGCUGACCAGCGUGCAAUAUCCUGUAAUUUUCAUUAAGAACAUGGAUGGAAACAAUUGAUAAAGAAAUAAUGACUCUGAGCAAGCCAUUGGAUCAGCAAUUCUACAAUGAAGAGCUGUCAGUAGGUGUUCUUUUCCUGCAUCAAACUGCCUGACAGACACACACACACACACACACACACACACACACACACACACACACACACACAGCACGUUUUCCAAGUAAACAACAUCAACAUCUGAACAAUGCAUUCGUGGAAACCAUUGCUGACUUUAUUUAGUUUUAAGUUUUACAUCCAUAGCAACACAGUACCGGGGCCAGCCUGAUCUUGUGUGAUGGGUUGACAAGAACACAUUUCUGCUGAUUCCUUCAUCCAUGUACAGUAUAUACCUCAUUUUAUAUUUGGUAAAUGAAAGAUGCAAAAAAAAAAUGUUUUCAUGUUUAUCUAUGCUGUGUAUAAUUCUUGAGAUGGCUUAAGACAUGGUUACCAAGACUAGACUCAUCUUAGGACUGGUGCUUUAGAUUUAAGACUAAGGGAAGAAGACCCUUCUUCGCACAGUGUGGUGAGGAUUGGUGGAAUGGGCUACCCAGUCAUGUUGUUGAGGCAGAAUCACUUGGAUCCUUUAAGAGCUAACUUGACAAAUUAGCUACUAGGAAAUAGGCAAGCUUAGAUGGGCCAAAUGGCCUCUCAUUCGUACAUUUUCUUAUGUUCUUUAUUGAGCCCCUCCUUCCCAACCCACAACCCCUUGCUUUCAUUUCACAAAAAAGGUGCUUAUUUAAAUUCAAGAUGAAUUUGUGAUGCUUUAGGAGAAACUGCAACUUUUUUUCCCCCCAAGGCAUGACUCCAUAAGUGUUCCCAGGGUUUCAAGACAAGGCAGAGGAUCAUUUGUUUUGUGCAUCCAUAUUACAGAACUGGCAGAACAUCGCUUAAGAUUCAUCCACACAUGCUGUGGCUUGUCUAGAUGAAGUAGAAUGUAAGAUUUUCUACGGGCACAGAACAAGCCGUGGGGAACACAAGGUCGCAGUGAAAGAAAUUGAGUGUUAACAUCACCUAUUGAUGCCAUUCUGUCUGUGUGAGUAAGCUGAGGCCUCAACACACACAUUUUUAUAACAGCCCUUAGUUAAUUAACCAUGUGAUAUUCACAUAUAGGCCUCAACAGCACACCCAAUAGCAACUGUUUCUUUUUUUUCUUUUGCAUAAUUGUGUUCCUGUGCUGUGUUCUCUGCCUGUACCAACAAGUAGGGACUUUAUGCCACUGCCAACCCUGUAUAAACCCUAAAGUGUGGACUUGACCAAUGUAAGUAAAAAUAAAAAAAAAAUAGGCCUGUCUUCUUUAAUUCCUAAAAGUCCUGACCUCCCCAACCCCCAUAAAUAAGAGAAGGAUAUUAUUGUAAACUUAUUAUUGUAUCUUGGUGAAUCAAUUUUGCAUCAGUACUUCUAAAUGUGGUUGAAUGUACUUGUUAAGAAACCUGGAGUUCUCAAGCUUGACAUUAAUUCAAAAAUGUAAUAUUUAGUGGUUUGGGGCUAUAAAUUUCAAUUUGUAUUGUUCUGAUCCUCAUACUUUUUCUUCAGUCGCUCAUUGUGCCAGAGAUGAAAAUGUUUAGUGUUUUGAAAAUGGGAUAAUCUUGUAAUAUUUUCACUCUGGUAUCAAUUUCAGACAGAAAGAAAACAAAUCAGUAAAGGAUUUUGACCAAAGGAUUCCUGUCGUUUAUCGUUUUUGGGGUUUUUUGUGGGGUUUUUUUUUUUUGUUUGUUUUUUGUGGUUAUGGGCCUAUAUUUCUUCUAAUUUCUGUGGGGAUAUUGACAGCAUACAAAAAAAUCAUAUGUUUUAAAAGCCUUUUUUACAAUGCUACAAACUCUGAUGAGCUGAUUGUAUUCUGUUUUAUGCAUGAAUGUACUUUAAAAUACACUGCCAUAUAAAUGUUUGCUGAGUGCUAAUCAUUUCACGACUGGCCUGUGAAAAAAAAAGAUAAUUUAAUCUGUCCUUAAGCCAAUUCCUGUAACUACAGGUCUUGUAUAAUCAUGUUUUGGAUGAUCAUUAAUUACCAUGCCUGAAAUGUGUAAAUACUUUGGUAAUGGAAGAUAAGUGGUAAGAUAUGCAUGUCACUGAAUACACUCAUAACCCUCUGCAUGCUUGGCUUGCUCACUUGUCUUUGAAAACAUGUAUCCUCAUGAAAACAGAUAUCUGAACUGGGCUUUUCUGUCAGCCUAAACAAAAGAGAAGUCCAGACUUUUAGGCAACUAAGCAAUUUUCAACAUGUGAAAACCUGGGAGUGGAUUAAGUGGUUGGUCAUUAAAACAGUCUUCAAAAA